AUGGAGCAGGAAGUGGCAAGAGAAGAAGAGAAGAAAGAAGGCUUGAUUGAGUUUUAUGAUUCCUUCAAGGAUAUGUUUGAGUUCUUCUGCAAGAACACAACAAUCCAUGGCACCAUCCGCCUUGUAUGCUCAGACAGCAAUAGGAUGAAAACAGCUUUUUGGACUCUGCUUUUACUUGCCAGCUUUGGCAUGUUAUACUGGCAAUUUGCACUUAUGUUCAGCCAGUACUGGGCCUACCCUGUCGUCCUGACAAUGUCAAUACAUUCAGAGCCCAAGAUGUUUCCAGCAAUUACCAUCUGUAACCUGGACCCAUACAGAUUUGAACUAGUUAGUGAACAUUUGGUUCAAUUGGAUCAGAUGGCAGAGGAAUCUAUCACUUUUUUGUAUGGCAUCAACACGUCAGCCAGCUUAUUCCACAUGAAUGAGAAAAACAUCCACGUAAAAGACUUGUCAAGCAUAGGAAACCUCAGCAGAUCUAGCUUCAAGCUGAGCCAAAACUUCUCACUCUUGAGAAUGCCUGACCACAGUAACAGGUCAGGGAAGAAGGAUUCCAGCGUGGGCUUCAGGCUGUGCAAUGCCACAGGUGGAAAUUGCUUCUACAAGACCUAUUCAUCUGGGAUGGAUGCAAUUCUUGAAUGGUACAGGUUUCACUACAUGAAUAUCAUGUCCCAGCUACCAGUUAUAAUCAAUGUUUCUGAUCAUGAGGAGCAAAUAGAAGAUAUGGUCUACUCCUGUCAGUAUGAUGGGGAGCCCUGCAGACCCAGUGACUAUGUUCACUUUCACCACCCAGUCUUUGGAAGCUGCUAUACUUUUAAUAGCAAGGGAACAGAUCCGUUUUGGACAGCUACAAAACCAGGAGUUCCUUACGGACUUUCCCUUAUCCUGAGAGCAGAGCAGAAGGAUCACAUCCCCCUCUUGUCUACAGUAGCAGGUGUGAAAGUGAUGAUACACAACCACAACCAGACACCGUUCCUUGAGCAUGAAGGCUUUGACAUCAGACCAGGCAUUGAAACUACCAUAAGCAUUCAGCAGGAUGAGGUGAAUCGCCUGGGUGGGAAUUACGGGAAAUGCACGAUGGAUGGCAAUGAUGUGAAUGUUAAACUCCUGUACAACAACUCCUACACCCUGCAGUGUGGUUAUUACUACUACCCGCUGCCUCCCGGUGCUGAAUACUGUAACUACAAUAAGCAGCCUGCAUGGGGUCACUGCUUUUACCAGCUGUACAACAGGCUCAGAAAUCAUCACCUGAAUUGUUUUGACCAGUGCCCCAAGCCUUGCCGGGAAUCACUGUACAAGGUGUCUGCUGGGACAGCUAAGUGGCCGUCAGCGAAGUCUCAGGACUGGAUCCGCCAAGCUCUAAGGCAUCAGAAUGGAUAUAACUCUACCAGCAACAGGAAUGAUAUUGCCAAGGUGACUAUCUUCUACCAGCAACUGAACUACCAGUCUGUGAACGAGUCUCCUUUACUCUCAGAGAAUCUGCUUCUGUCCAGCAUGGGAAGCCAAUGGAGCCUCUGGUUUGGAUCCUCAGUGUUGUCUGUAGUUGAAAUGUUUGAGCUACUUAUAGACACGCUGGUCUUGUGUCUCCUCUUCUGCUACCAAAGGUUCAGGUCAAAGAAGACGUUGAAAGUAACUCACACUCCUACCGUCCCCAGCAUGAGCUUGACCCUAGAAAACUACCGAGUUGUGCAAGAAGAAGCUGGAAAAGGUGAUGAUUCUGCUCAUACUCACCCUCCUGGAGUGACUAUUGCCAUGAGCAGCAACAGUGACCUGCAUCUUCACCCACUCUCCAGCAAGGUGGAAAUGCCAGAGCUUUGCCCGGAUGUGGUGCCUAAUGGAUUUACACACACGAAGGACAGCUCUGCGGAAGGGGAACUGAACAGCUAA